AUAGAAAAAUGAAAAGAAUGAAAAAAAAAAAAAGACACAAAAAGCAAAAAAGAAAAAAAGAAGUAAAAAGAGAAGAAAAAGAAGGAAGCAAAAAACAAACAAAAAAAAUAGAAAAAAAAAGACGAAAAGAAGAAAAAGAAGGAUGCGGAAAAGAAGAAAAAGAUGGAUAUAAAAAAGAAGAAUACAAAAAAGAAGAAAAGAAGGAUAUAAAAAAGAAGGAUGAGGAAAAGAAAAAAAGAAAUAAAGCGAAAAAGAAGAAAAAGGCGAAAGAAAAAUAA